CGGCAUUUUCGGUGCUUGUUGUUUUUUGUGUAUAAAUAGAGGUAGCUGAAGAAGAUAUUAGUCACACCCUCAAAAAGAAUUUCAGGCAUCAAAAUUACAUCAAUUUAUUUAGUGAGAAAAUCAAUUAUUAAUGGAGGGUACAUCGUCAUUGUUAUCGCAAGUUUCUUUUGCAACUUCUUCUUCUUCAACUUCAAAUGAUGAUGAUGAUGAUGAUCAAUCAAAGGAUCAGGCGCCAUUGCCUCUGUUGUCGUUAAAUCACGUUUCAUUUGUUUGCAAAUCAGUGAGAAAAUCUGUUAGGUUUUAUGAAGAAGUUCUUGGUUUUGUUCUCAUCAAGCGACCCUCUUCUUUCACCUUUGAAGGAGCUUGGUUGUUCAACCAUGGAAUUGGCAUCCAUUUGCUGGAAGUUGAAGAUGUUCCUAACAAAAAGAAGGCAAAAAUCAAUCCAAAAGACAACCACAUUUCCUUCCAAUGCACCAAUAUCGAAUUCGUAAUGCAAAAAUUGGAGGAAAUGAACGUUGAAUUUGUGACAGCAGUGGUUGAAGAAGGAGGAAUAACAGUGGAUCAGCUCUUCUUCCAUGAUCCAGAUGGUUACAUGAUCGAAAUUUGCAACUGCCAAAAUCUCCCUGUUCUUCCACUUUCUUCUUCUUGCCCUAUUAAACCAAGAUCCACCAAUACCAACCCGAUCACUUCACCCUUCCACGGUAAGUAUUAAUUGAAAUGGAGUAACUAUCAGAUCGUGUUUUGUAUUCAUAGACGUAAUAAAAUAAUUUACAUGAGAUACAUUUAACACGUACUAUUAGGUACCGAUUUUUAUUUUUAGAAGAAAGGUUUGACUUUUGGAUUUAGGGUUUGUCUGAAAGUUAUGUUGCGUCAUAAAUUAUAAUUUCCCCCGGAUAUUCGUUAAUUGCAUUUUGUGUGUAAUUUGUCAGUCCAGAUGAAACAAUUUUGAGUUUAUUACUAAUGAAAAGUUAUACAAAUGUUUUGUUGAUGCAGAGAAUGCAGCCCCCAAUAUGCCAUAUUGCAGUGGAGAAGUUGAAGCUUUAAUGAUGGAAAAUUUAGCCGUGGACAUGAUCAACAUUUCGUAUUAAAGAAAGUCUAUUGAACAAUUAUUUUGAGAUUAUUACAUUAUAAAUUAGUAGUCGAUUGUUUUGAAAUUAUGUGUAUUACAUUAUGAAAGCAACAAAUUACUUUGGCAAUUCCCAUUGCUACAAUUUCAUAUAUGUAAAUAUUCUCAACCAUUUAC